AUCCGGCACUUGGUCUGUCUCGACCUCCAUGUAAAAGCCGCUCAGUCGUUCCAAUCGAGUCGUUCCCCAGUAACAACCUUCGCACGAGCUAUGGCAGAUUCUCUGAAGAACGUAUCGGUCGUUGGAGCCUCGGGAAACCUGGGAAAGGAGGUCGUUCGAGAGCUCCUCGACGCCGGGUUCAAAGUUACCGCGUUCGCCCGCGAGGAGUUGACGGCAACUUUCCCUUCGGAGGUCGCGGUCAAGAAGGUCGAUUAUCAGUCUGUCGAAUCUUUGACCGCCGCGCUUCAGGGACAGGACGCGGUGGUAUCUACGAUCGCGACGGCAGCCGUGGGCGGCCAGAUCCCGCUGGUGGACGCUGCCGUCGCCGCCAAGGUCAAGCGGUUUAUUCCGUCCGAGUUCGGCAUCAACACGAGGAUCGUAGAGGGGACGUCCAUCGGAAAGAUCCUCCAGGGCAAGGUUAAGACUCUCGAUUACAUUAUCGGCAAGUCUCAGGAGAACCCGUGGUUUUCUUGGACUGGCGUCUCCAGCGGAGUCUUCUUCGAUUGGGGACUGAAAUAUGGCACCGUGGGGUUCGACAAAAAUUCAAGGACCGCCGUCAUUUACGACUCCGGCGAGGAACCCGUCCAGGCGUCAAAUCUGGCCUUCAUAGGCAAGGCAGUGGCCGCUAUACUAUCCCAGCCGGAAAAGACGGCUAACCGAUACCUCUCGAUCGCCUCCUUCAACCCGUCCCAAAACCAGAUCCUCAAGAUCGCGGAAGAGGAGACCGGGGAGAAAUGGACGGUAGAGCAAGCUAGCACGGAGGAGCAGGAGAAGAUUGGGGAGGAAAAGCUGGGCAGGGGUGAUUACAGCGCCUUCUCCUACCUUCUGCGCUGGCGGAUCUACGCGGACGGGGCUGGUCUAGCAGUCUUGGGAGACAAGAGCGGGAUUAGCCUGCUCGGGCUGCAAGAGGAAGAUCUAGCAGCGACCGUCAAGGCGUGGCUACGCGGCUGAGUAUACCUAAGGUUACCUAAGUACGGAUCACUUGUAAUUAAGACGCGGGGGGAAAAUUUCCAACAUCAGCUUUUUAUUAUCGUUUGCGUGAAUAUACGACUA